AUGGCCCUGCAGCCCGCCACGGCGCGCAUGGCGAGCGCCCACGACGAGGGCCGCAUCUGCCUCGAGCUCGAGGAUGGCUCCGCCUACCAGGGGUACAGCUUCGGCGCCGACAAGAGCAUCGCCGGAGAGCUCGUCUUCCAGACCGGCCUCGUCGGCUAUCCGGAAUCUCUGACGGACCCCUCCUAUCGCGGUCAGAUUCUCGUCAUCACAUUCCCCCUCGUCGGCAACUACGGCGUGCCCUCUCGCGAGGCUGUGGACGAGCUGCUCGGCGACCUCCCCGCCCACUUUGAGUCCUCCCAGAUCCACGUCGCCGGCCUCGUCGCCGCCUCCUACUGCGGCGAGGACUACUCCCACUUCCUCGCCACCUCCUCGCUCGGCACCUGGCUGAAGGAGCAGGGCGUCCCCGCCAUGUACGGCGUCGACACCCGCUGCCUGACCAAGAAGAUCCGCCAAAAGGGCAGCAUGCUGGGCAAGAUGAGGCUCGAGGCCCGUGCUCUGCUCAACGGCGACGCUUCCGCCUCGGACCCUCUGACGGCCACCUCUCUCGAACGCUUCGCCCCCGUCGACUGGGUGAACCCGAACGAGGUGAACCUCGUGGCCCAGGUCUCCAUCAAGGCCCCUCGCCUCUUCAAGCCGCCGCCGUCGGUUGCCGUCCGCAAGCACCCCUCCGGCCGGCCCAUCCGCGUCCUCUGCGUCGACGUCGGCAUGAAGUACAACCAGCUCAGGUGCUUCCUCCGCCGCGGUGUCGAGGUCAUGGUCUGCCCUUGGGAUCAUGACCUCGCCGACGAGGCCGUCAACCAGUACGACGGUCUCUUCAUCUCCAACGGACCCGGCGACCCCUCCGUCCUCGCCGUCACCGUCAAGAACGUCCGGGCCGCCAUGGAGAAGAACAAGACGCCCGUCUUCGGCAUCUGUCUCGGACACCAGCUGCUGGCCCGCGCCUCGGGCGCCCAGACGACCAAGAUGAAGUUCGGCAACCGUGGACACAACAUUCCCUGCACGAGCAUGGUGACGGGCAAGUGCCACAUCACGUCGCAGAACCACGGGUUCGCCGUCGACGCGAGCUCCCUACCGGCCGGCUGGAAGGAGCUCUUCGUCAACGCCAACGACGGCAGCAACGAGGGCAUCAUGCACGUCGACAAGCCCUACUUCAGUGUCCAGUUUCACCCGGAGAGCACCCCCGGCCCUCGCGACACCGAGUUCCUCUUCGACGUCUUCGUCGACACCGUCGCCCGCUGCGCCGCCGAGCCCGCCCUUCUCCGGCAGCCCGUGAGCUUCCCCGGCGGCACGGUCGAGGAGAACGAACGGCUGCACCCGCGCGUCUCCGUCAAGAAGGUUCUCGUCCUCGGCUCCGGCGGUCUCAGCAUCGGCCAGGCCGGCGAGUUCGACUACUCCGGUAGCCAGGCCAUCAAGGCCCUCAAGGAGGAAGGCCUCUACACCGUCCUCAUCAACCCCAACAUCGCCACCAUCCAGACCUCCAAGGGCCUCGCCGACAAGGUCUACUUCCUUCCCGUCAACGCCGAGUUUGUCCGCAAGGUGAUUCACUACGAGCGCCCCGAUGCCAUCUACGUCACCUUCGGUGGCCAGACGGCCCUCCAGGUCGGCAUCGAGCUCAAGGAUGAGUUCGAGGGCCUCGGCGUCAAGGUUCUCGGCACGCCGAUUGAGACCAUCAUCACCACCGAGGACCGCGAGCUGUUCGCGAGAAGCAUGGAGUCCAUCGGCGAGAAGUGCGCCAAGUCGGCCUCGGCCAACAACGUUGACGAAGCCAUGAAGGCCGUCAAGGACAUCGGCUUCCCCGUCAUCGUCCGUGCCGCCUACGCCCUCGGCGGCCUCGGCAGCGGCUUCGCCAACAACGAGGACGAGCUCAUGGACCUCUGCAAGAAGGCUUUUGCCGCGAGCCCCCAGGUCCUGAUCGAGCGCAGCAUGAAGGGCUGGAAGGAGAUCGAGUACGAGGUCGUCCGGGACGCCCAGGACAACUGCAUCACCGUCUGCAACAUGGAGAACUUCGAUCCCCUCGGCAUCCACACGGGCGAUUCCAUCGUCGUCGCGCCCUCCCAGACCCUGUCGGACGAGGACUACAACAUGCUGCGGACGACGGCCGUCAACGUCAUCCGCCACCUCGGCGUCGUCGGCGAGUGUAACAUCCAGUACGCCCUCAACCCCUUCUCGAGGGAGUACUGCAUCAUCGAGGUCAACGCUCGCCUGUCGCGAUCGUCGGCCCUCGCCUCCAAGGCCACCGGUUACCCCCUGGCCUUCAUCGCCGCCAAGCUCGGCCUCGGCAUCCCGCUCAAGGAGGUGUCCAACUCGGUGACCAAGGUCACCUGCGCCUGCUUCGAGCCCUCGCUCGACUACGUCGUCGUCAAGAUGCCCCGCUGGGACCUCAAGAAGUUCACCCGCGUCUCCACCCAGCUUGGCUCGUCGAUGAAGAGCGUCGGCGAGGUCAUGAGCAUCGGCCGGUCGUUUGAGGAGGCCAUCCAGAAGGCCAUCCGCGCCAUCGACUUCCACAACCUCGGCUUCGGCGAGACAGAGGCCCUCGUGAGCAUCGACGACGAGCUGCAGACGCCCUCGGACCAGCGCCUGUUUGCCAUCGCCAACGCCAUGCACCAGGGCUACUCGGUCGACAAGAUCUGGGAAAUGACCAAGAUUGACAAGUGGUUCCUCCGCAAGCUCUCGAGCUUGAGCGAGUUCGCCAAGGACAUGUCGCGGUACACGACCAAGGACAUCGCCAGGUCGCCCGAAAUCAUGCUGCAGGCCAAGCGCCUCGGCUUCUGCGAUCGGCAGCUGGCCAACUUCUGGGACUCCAACGAGCUCGCCGUCCGCCGGAUGAGGCUCGAGGCCGGCAUCAAGCCCUUCGUCAAGCAGAUCGACACCGUCGCCGCCGAGUUCCCGGCCUUCACGAACUACCUCUACCUGACGUACAACGCGUCCGAGCACGACGUCGACUUCAACGAUCACGGCGUCAUGGUCCUCGGUUCCGGCGUCUACCGGAUCGGCUCCUCGGUCGAGUUCGACUGGUGCUCCGUCCGCGCCAUCCGCACGCUCCGGAAGUCGGGCUUCAAGACCAUCAUGGUCAACUACAAUCCGGAAACGGUCAGCACCGACUACGACGAGGCCGACAAGCUCUACUUUGAGAACAUCAACCUCGAAACGGUGCUCGACAUCUACCAGCUCGAGGCUGCCAGCGGCGUGCUCGGCGCCAUGGGCGGCCAGACGCCCAAUAACAUCGCCCUGCCCCUCCACCGGGCCGGCGUCAAGGUCUUGGGCACCUCGCCAGAGAUGAUCGACAUGGCGGAGAACCGGUACAAGUUCUCGCGCAUGCUGGACCUCAUCGAGGUUGACCAGCCGACGUGGAAGGAGCUGACGAGCUUCGACGAGGCCCGCGAGUUCUGCAACACCGUCAGCUACCCCGUCCUUGUCCGGCCGUCGUACGUUCUCUCGGGCGCGGCCAUGAACACGGUCUACUCGGAGAAGGACCUGGUCAACUACCUGACGCAGGCGGCCGAGGUCUCGCGCGAUCACCCCGUCGUCAUCUCCAAAUACAUCGAGAACGCCAAGGAGAUUGAGAUGGAUGCCGUCGCCAAGGAUGGCGUCGUCGUCGGACACUUCAUAUCGGAGCACGUGGAGAAUGCCGGCGUGCACUCGGGCGAUGCGACGUUGAUCCUGCCUCCCCAGGACCUCGAGGCGACGACGAUCCAGCGGAUCGAGGAGGCGACGCGCAAGAUUGGCGCCGCCCUCAACGUCACGGGACCCUUCAACAUUCAGUUCAUUGCCAAGGAUAACGACAUCAAGGUGAUCGAGUGCAACGUGCGGGCCUCGCGCUCCUUCCCCUUCGUCUCCAAGGUCAUGGGCGUCGACCUCAUCGAGAUGGCGACCAAGGCGAUCAUGCACCAGCCCUUCCAGGCGCACCCGCCGACAACGCUGCCGCCGAACUGCGUCGGCGUCAAGGUGCCGCAGUUCAGCUUCUCGCGCCUCUCGGGCGCCGACCCCGUGCUCGGCGUCGAGAUGGCGUCGACGGGUGAGGUCGCCUGCUUCGGCGUCGACAAGUACGAGGCCUACCUCAAGGCCCUCCUCUCGACAGGCUUCAAGGUGCCCAAGGCGAACGUGCUGCUCUCGAUCGGCUCAUUCAAGGACAAGAACGAGAUGCUGCCGUCGGUGCAGAAGCUGCAGAGGAUCGGCUACAAGCUGUUUGCCACGGCCGGUACCGCCGACUUCCUGCAGGAGCACGGCGUGCAGGUGCAGUUCCUCGAGGUUCUCGGCAGCGACGAGGACAUGAACUCGGAGUUCUCCCUCACCCAGCACCUCGCCAAGAACACGAUCGAUCUGUACAUCAACCUGCCUUCCAACAACAAGUAUCGCCGGCCGGCGAACUACAUGAGCAAGGGGUACAUGACGCGUCGCAUGGCUGUCGACUACCAGAUCCCGCUCGUGACGAACGUCAAGAACGCCAAGCUGCUGAUCGAGGCCAUCGCCCGUCACGUCUAUCUUGAUGUAUCGAAGCGAGACUUCCAGAUCACGUCGGAGCCCGCCACGACAGGGCUGAUGCCAUCGGUCAAGUCGCCGGAGCCGAUGCCAUCCAUCGGACAGUCGGCCGCGGACGCUAGGCGACCGGUGACGCGUGACGGCAACCCCAGCGUCGCUGUUGGGGGCCUUGGGUCGCCGAUGCGCUGCGUAGCUGACGAACUUUCGCCGUCGACGCUGUCGUCGAUCAAGCCGUCGGUCCUGCAGAUCCUGUCCCAGCCGUCCAUCUUCCGGAAGUCGCACGUGCUCUCGGUGAAGCAGUACACGCGGUCCGACCUGCACAUGCUCUUCACGGUCGCGCAGGAGAUGCGCCUCGGCGUCCAGCGCGAGGGUGUCCUCAACCUCCUCCGCGGCAAGGUGCUGUGCACGCUCUUCUACGAGCCCUCGACGAGGACCUCGGCGUCCUUUGACGCGGCCAUGCAACGGCUCGGCGGCCGCACCGUCGCCGUCUCGACAUCGCAAUCGUCGGUGCAGAAGGGUGAGUCGCUGCAGGACACACUGCGGACGCUAGCCUGCUACGGCGACGCCAUCGUCCUGCGUCACCCCGACGAGAAGUCGGUGGACAUCGCCGAGAAGUACAGCGACGUGCCGGUGAUCAACGGAGGCAACGGCAGCCAGGAGCACCCGACGCAGGCGUUCCUCGACCUUUUCACGAUUCGCGAAGAGCUCGGCACGGUGCAGGGCUUGACCAUCACCUUCCUUGGUGACCUCCUGCACGGACGACCGGUGCACUCCCUCGUCUACCUGCUACGCCACUACCAAGUCAAGGUGCAACUCGUCGCGCCCAAGGGUCUUGGCCUGCCGGAGCCGGUCAGGGAGCAGCUCGUGUCGGCCGGCCAGCUGCUCUGCGAGUCGGAAACGCUGACGUCCGAGAUUAUCGCUCGCAGUGAUGUCCUCUACUGCACGCGCGUCCAGAAGGAGCGCUUCGAGAGCGCGGAGAAGUACGAGCGCGUCAAGGACUCGUAUCGGGUUGACAAUGCGGCGCUCAAGCACGCCAAGAGCUCGAUGGUGGUGAUGCACCCGCUGCCGCGGAACGAGGAGGUUGCGGACGAAGUCGACUUUGACCAGCGCGCGGCGUAUUUCCGACAGAUGCGUUACGGACUCUACUGCCGGAUGGCCCUGCUUGCCCUCGUCAUGUCGACUUCAUGA